AUGGCGAGGCUCAGCCGGCGCGUCUCUUGUACCCUGCUGCUCGGCCUGGCCGCGGUGCUGCUGAAGGCGCGGCUGGUCCCCGCGGCCGCUCGAGCCGAGCUCAGCCGAUCCGACCUCAGCCUCAUCCAGCAGCAGCAGCAGCAAAGGCAGCGGGAGGAGGCUGAGGAGGAGAGGCCAGAGGUGCCGGGGGCAUCCUUCACCCUCACUGUUCCAGUGUCUGUAUUUAUGCUGAAAGUACAGGUGAAUGACAUCAUCAGUCGUCAGUACCUGAGUCAAGCAGUUGUAGAAGUGUUUGUAAACUACACGAAAACAAAUUCCACAGUAACUAAGAACAAUGGAGCAGUGUUGAUAAAAGUACCCUAUAAAUUAGGGCUCAGCUUAACCAUUGUUGCUUACAAGGAUGGCUACGUGUUGACACCUCUGCCUUGGAAGACUGGAAAAAUGCCAAUAUAUUCAUCAGUUACACUUUCGCUGUUCCCGCAAAGCCAAGCAAAUAUAUGGCUAUUUGAAGACACUGUUUUAAUUACUGGAAAAUUAGCUGAUGCCAAAUCUCAACCAAGUGUUCAGUUUUCAAAAGCCUUAAUUAAACUACCUGACAACCAUCAUAUUAGCAACGUAACAGGCUAUCUUACAGUUCUACAACAAUUUUUGAAAGUGGACAAUUUCCUGUAUACAACUGGAAUUAUGCUCAAUAAAUCAGGUUUUGAAAGUACUGAAUUGACUCCUCUUGCUGCAAUAUGCGUGAAAAUAUAUUCUGGAGGAAAAGAAUUAAAGGUGGAUGGCUCUAUUCAAGUUUCUCUCCCCCUUAUACAUACAAAUGAUGUAAGUGCAGGGGAUCAGAUACCUGCCUGGACAUUUGAUAUGAACAUAGGUGCUUGGGUAAAUCAUGGCCAGGGAAUGAUCAAGGAACAUAACAAUCACUUCGUCUGGACAUAUGAUGCACCACGUUUGGGCUACUGGAUAGCUGCUCCACUUCCAGGAUCUAGAGGUUCAGGUAUAAAUGGAGACUCAAGGGAUAUAACUGCCUACCACACAGUGUUUCUUACAGCCAUAUUAGGAGGAACAAUAGUCAUUGUCAUUGGAUUUUUUGCUGUGCUUCUUUGUUAUUGCAGCAGUGUCCUCAAGAGAGACCAGACAACUUCAACAACACACAUAAAUCACAUCAGUUCAGUCAAAGUUGCAUUAAAAGCCGAGGACAAGUCACAGUUAUUUAAUGCCAAAAACUCCUCAUAUAGCCCUCAGAAAAAGGAACCAUCAAAGGCAGAAGCAGAAGAAAGAGUUUCCAUGGUAAAAACUCGGGACAAUUUUAAAGUCUACAAUGAAGAGGUUUCAUUUCUAUCAGCCAAUCCAAAUAAUUACUCAAGAAACCCAACACAGUCUUUGGAGCCCAAUGUAGGGCCCAAACAACCUAAACACAUUAACAACAAACCAUCUUCAUCUCUAGGUGAUGCACAAGAGGAAAAGAGGUAUCUCACAGGUAACGAAGAGGUAUAUGGACAUUCCCACAUUCCUGAACAGCUUAUGCACAUCUACAGCCAGCCCAUCGCCAUCCUUCAAACAUCUGACCUUUUCUCCACUCCAGAGCAGUUACAUACUGCUAAGUCAGCUACUUUGCCAAGAAAGGGACAGUUAGUCUAUGGCCAAUUGAUGGAACCAGUUAGUAGAGAGAACUUUACACAGACGUUGCCCAAAAUGCCAGUGCAUUCUCACACACAGCCCCCAGAUGCGAGGGAAGAGAAUAUUCCACUCGAAGGUCAACAGAGCCUGCCAUCCCAAACUUCAGACUGGAGCCGGUAUUCAAACAGCUUACUAGAAUCUGUUUCCGUUCCUGGAACACUAAAUGAAGCUGUUGUAAUGACUCCCUUUUCCUCAGAGCUUCAAGGAAUUUCAGAACAGACCCUCCUGGAGUUGUCCAAAGGAAAGCCUUCCCCCCAUCCUAGAGCAUGGUUUGUAUCUCUUGAUGGAAAACCAGUCGCACAAGUGAGACAUUCCUUCAUAGACCUGAAAAAGGGCAAGAGAGCCCAGAGCAAUGACACGAGUUUGGACUCUGGGGUGGACAUGAAUGAGCACCACUCAAGUAGAAAACUUGAGAGGGAGAAAACUUUCAUCAAAAGCAUGCAUCAGCCUAAGAUCCUUUACUUAGAAGAUUUAGACCUGAGCAGCAGUGAGAGUGGAACCACUGUCUGCUCCCCUGAGGACCCAGCUUUAAGACACAUUCUAGAUGGAGGGAGUGGAGCUAUCAUGGAACACCCUGGGGAAGAGUCUCCAGGAAGAAAAAGCACUGUUGAAGAUUUUGAAGCCAAUAUGUCCCCCACUAAAAAAAGGGGCAGACCACCACUAGCCAAAAAAGAUAGCAAGACUAAUAUCUGGAAGAAGCGAGAAGAACGUCCACUGAUUCCCAUAAAUUAA